AUGGAUCAAUUGUAUGAAGAGGUUGAAGAGCCAGUGAGUCCUCAUGGACAAUAUCUCAACAACACUGUAAUAUGUUCGUAUAUUUUUGGCUUUCUGGAAUUAACUAUUCCAUUUGACGACUCACUAGUUAUACCUUUGAUAAAAGAUGUUUUCAUCCCUAUCAAUUCACGUUUCUCCUCUAUUAUGAUAAGAGACGAAGAUGGUAAGAUGAGAUGGAAAAAAGUUGUAGUGAAACCUGAAGAGCAUGUUAAAAUUCCUAAAUUUUCUGAAAACUCACCAUCAAGAGGAUUAUAUGAUAAUCAUCUUCGUGAAUACGUAACAAGUAUUUUAAUUGAAAGAACAUCACAAGAGAAACCACUUUGGGAAAUUCAUAUUAUAAAUUACCCAACAACAAAUGCUGUUAGCACCAUAAUAUUCAAACUUCACCACUCACUUGGUGAUGGUUACUCUAUCAUGGGUGCUCUUCUUUCUUGUCUUCAAAGAGUUGAUGAUCCUUCUCUUCCUCUCUCUUUUCCUUCACGACCACAAUUGAAUUUAAAAUAUGAAGAUGAAAGCCUAUUUAAGAAAAUUUGUUUUGGUGUAAACUCGUUUUUUAGCUCCAUAUCUGAUUUUGGAUCAAGCAUAAUCAAGACAAGAAUUAUUGCAGAUGACAUAACACCUAUAAGAUCAGGAUAUAGAGGAAUUGAUUCUCAACAUAUUAUCUUGUCAGACAUAUUAUUCUCCCUUGAUCAAGUCAAAGAAAUUAAAUCAAAACUUGGAGUGACAAUAAAUGAUGUGGUUUGUGGCAUCAUCUUCUAUGGACUUAGACUAUACAUGGAUGAGAUUAAUGAGAGGACAAAAACAUCAAAUUCAACUGCAUUGGUAAUGCUGAACACAAGAAAUAUUAAAGGUUAUCAAUCAUUGAAGGAAAUGCAAAAACCAGAAUCUAAAGGUCUUUGGGGGAAUAAAAUAUCUUUCUUACAAAUACCAAUACCUAAGCCAAACCAGUCAGGAAUUUUCAACCCUCUUGAGUUUGUUUUGGAAGCCCAUGAUGUACUAAAUAAGAAGAAACGUUCUUUCAGUGUUCAUCUCAUAGGAUUGCUCAUGGAUUUGGAGAUGAAAUUAAGAGGGCCUGAGGCUGUAGCUAAAGAAAUCUAUAACACUAUUGGAAACUCGAGUGUUCUUAUCUCAAACAUGGUUGGGCCAGUAGAAAAGAUGGCUUUGGCAAAUCAUCCAGUAAAUGGACUGUAUUUCACCACGACAUGUGGACCUGAGGAUGUGAACAUUACCAUUAUUAGCUACGUGAAAAUAUUAAGAAUGUCUGUGAAAAUUCUAAAGGGAUUUAUAGAUGAAGAUAAAUUGAAGUUUUGCAUGGAGAAAGCAUUUGAAGCCAUAUUCAAAGCGUCUAUGGAGAUCUUUGAUAUUCCCAUAGAAAAAUAA